AAUUGACUUUAUAGGUACUUGUCAUGUACUUCGGGACACGUUACAGGGGGCAUAUGUGGUACUUUGAUGUGAGACAUGCGAUGUCAUAGCUCGAGACUUACCUAAGGUUAGGUACCUGGUAGCCGUGUCGCAACUCCAAACUGCGCCUUCUCUAUCGUUCUCUCUCCUUUGUCAUCAACAUUAGAGCAAACGAUAAAUUCAAACAUUGACAACUCCUUUCGCCCAUUUCGCUUUAAUAUAAUAAUACAAAUAAAACAGACCACCAUGGCUGGAGAUCCUCGUGCUCUGCUACAGAAGGCAGAUAAGACGCUCGCCAGCGCUUCCAGUGGCUUCAGUUUCUUCGGUGGCCGAGAAGACAAGUAUCAAAAUGCUGCAGAUCUAUAUGUCGAGGCGGCGAAUUCUUUCAGAAUUCAGAAAAUGAACCGGGAAGCCGGCCAGGCUUUCGAAAAGGCGGCUGCGGUCCAAACCAAACAGCUAAACGAACCCGACGAUGCCGCGAACACCUUGGUCGAUGCCUUUAAAGUCUACCGGAAAGAAAACCCCGAAGAUGCAGUGCGAUGUCUCGAUAUCGCUGUCAACCAAUACUGCAAGAAGGGCAACUUCAGGCGAGCAGCGCAACACAAGGAGAAUAUGGGCGAAGUCUUCGAGAACGAGGUGGGCGAUACGAAGCGUGCACUCGAAUGCUACGAAUCCGCUGCUGGAUGGUACGAAGGAGAUAAUGCUUCAGCUCUGGCGAACAAGCUCUGGCUUAAGGUAGCAGACAUUGCGGCCCUCGAAGGCGACUAUUACAAGUCGAUCGAACAAUACGAGAAGGUUGCAGGGGCUUCCAUCAACAACAACCUAAUGCGAUACUCGGUAAAGGACUACUUCCUCAAGGCGGGUAUCUGCCACCUAGCGACGGGUGAUAUGGUCGCCGCAAAUCGCGCGCUCGAGAAGUACCGAGAUCUAGACCCGACGUUCCCUAGUACCCGAGAGCACCAGCUGCUUACAGACCUGGCAGCCGCCAUCGAAGCGGGCGACCAGGAUCAAUUUACGGACAAGUUGUUCCAGUUUGACCAGAUGAGCAAGCUUGAUAAGUGGAAGACUACGAUUCUUGUACGAGUCAAGAACAACAUCGAAGAGGCCGGCGAAGACUUCUCUUAAGGAAAUCCGGAAGACCGAUGAUAAGCAGAAGGCUCUGUCAGAAUGACCAGCCGAAAACAACAUAUGGGUGCACAUUGGGUUGGGUGAGACGCGGCAUGACCGUGCAAAUCGCAUAGAGAGUCAUGAUUACGACGUUUGGCCUAGAACAUGAACUGUAGCAAAACUAGCUACCAUUGUCAAGACUGAAGACUGGAGACUACCUACUUCGUCACUUACCACAUGAGAUAGCAUUAACACUGUUUUCCACAUCCUCACAGUAUAGUUCUGCCAGCCAGGAGGAACUAAUUGUUUUUGAGAGGAGUUGUUUGAUAUUGGGAUGAAUGAUAUAUAUGCCUUUCUAUCUAUUUAACUAACAUAUAUUGAAAACAAUAUCUGAAAGCUACCUAAGA